CAACAGAUGCUGGGCUUGUUAAUAAUCACUCGCGCUCAAUUGGUCAUCAUCCGCGUAGUGGUGGGUAUUAAAUGUGGAUAUCAUUGUUGUCGAGAGAGGGGGGCUGACUGAGUAUAUAAAGUGGGCGGCGUUUAGUGAUAGACAGUUUAUAUAAUGAGCAGCGCGGACACAAAGCCAGUAUAAAUACUGCGGGACGCAAGAAACAAGUCUUCAUUCACGAAUUACACGAGAAGCGCGAGGAUACCCAACAACGCGCUGCUGACGCACAAAGUUUAGAACCAAAACAAGACAUUACCAUUGACACUAAACACAUCGGUGUGCUCACUGUGGAAUACUAAACAUGUUCCGUGGAUAUCUUGAGACGAAGAGGAAUAAGACUGGAUGCUGAUUUCCCAGUUUCACCUUCACCUUUUGGAUAACCUGGAAAUUUGACGUGCUCCUGCACACUGAAGUGCCGUGCAGGGUGGACGCGCAGCGGGAUAUACCUUUUUACUCUUCGGCGUUUGUUUUCAUUGCACCCUUUUGCAUUGGAAUAGGCUCUUUCGGGGAAUAUAAUCGUGGGUGACGCGGCUGCCCAGGAGAAUCGAAAAGCAUGGCAGCUUGGCUCACCUUUCUCAUCGCAAUUUUCACGACCGUUUUGACGCAGAUAUUUGGAUCUGGUGUUUUCGAACUCGACCUUCACGAAUUCAGAAAUUUCAAAGGCUUGCUCGCAAAUGGCAAUGCAUGCAAGCCUGAAUGCAGGACUUUCUUCCGAGUUUGCCUAAAAAACUACCAGGUGGUCGUGUCUCCAGGUGACUGUAUCUUUGGAAGUGCCAUAACGCCAGUGCUGGGGACAAACUCGUUCAGUAUCAUGGGAGGUGGCUCUUUCAGCACACCGAUUCGACUGCCGUUCAACUUUGGCUGGCCGGGAUCAUUUUCAUUGAUUAUUGAGGCCUGGCACUCACCUUACGCGGAUCUACCUGUAGACACAUACAACCCCGACUUGCAGAUAAGCUUUUUUGCCAUCCAAAGAAAGUUGGAAGUAGGGGCUGAAUGGUCUCAGGAUGUUCAAAGCGGGAAGCAGACAGAGCUAAGGUAUUCUUACCGGUUCAUCUGCAGUGACAAUUACUACGGCGACAGUUGUUCCAAAAAAUGCACGCCCAGGGACGACCGUUUUGGCCACUACACCUGCAACCCAGAUGGGCAGUUAUCCUGUCUCCCUGGCUGGAAGGGGGAGUACUGCGAAGAACCGAUUUGUCUGGAGGGAUGCAGUGAGGCGAAUGGCAAUUGCUCCAAACCUGGAGAGUGUGUGUGCAGAGAAGGAUGGCAGGGUAAACUUUGCACAGAGUGCAGGAAAUAUCCAGCCUGUAAACACGGCACCUGUCAGCAACCAUGGCAGUGCAACUGUAAAGAGGGCUGGGGUGGACUGUUCUGUGAUCAAGAUUUGAAUUUUUGCACACAUCACAAGCCAUGUGUGAACGGAGCCACAUGUAUGAAUACAGGUCAGGGCAGUUACACCUGCACCUGUCGGCCUGGUUACACCGGGGUCAACUGCGAGCUUGAGGUGCGCGAAUGUGACAGCAGCCCAUGCAAGAAUGGAGGUCUUUGCUCGGAUCUUGACAAAGGUUACAUCUGCACCUGUCUGCCUGGCUUUGAGGGAACUCACUGUGAACACAGUCUGCUCACCUGCGCAGACUCCCCGUGCUUUCACGGCGGCAGAUGCCACGAGAAAGACAACGGGCGCAGUUACGCAUGUGACUGUCCCAGAGGCUACACUGGUCUGAACUGCGAGAGACGAGUGGACAAAUGCACGACUCUGCCGUGUGCCAAUGAUGGCUUGUGUGUGGUCCUGGGGGGCGUUCGCAUGUGCAGCUGUCGAGCGGGUUUUACUGGCCAGCGCUGCGAGAUCAACAUCAACGACUGUGCAAACAACCCCUGCGCUAAUGGCGGCACGUGCUACGACCGCAUCAACGACUACGUCUGCUCCUGCGCCCCGGGAUACGAAGGCCGCAAUUGUGACCGGCCUUCCAACGCCUGUUCCUCCAGACCCUGUCUCAACGGCGGCUCCUGCGCGGGUAUCCCAGGGAGCCCGCCCGCCUGCUUCUGCCCCAGCGGCUUCACCGGACCCCACUGUGAAUACUACUCUGUCACCGCUCCCGUGACCACAGAGAAAACCGAAGAUCGCUUCCAGUGGGCUGCGGUUUCUCUAGCCGUGGGUUUGGUGGCUCUCGUGGUUCUGCUCUGCAUGGUGGUUAUUGCCCUGCGCCACAUUCACAGGCAGGCAUCUGGAGAAAGGACUCGAGGUGAGGCAAUGAACAACAUGUCGGAAUCGCAAAGAGACAACUUGAUCCCCACUUCUCAGUUGAAGAACACUAAUAAGCAGGUCAGCCUGGAGGUGGACUGCACACCUGACAAAUCAAAUUACAUACACAAGAACUGCCACUUGGACUACAAUUCAUCGAAAGAGUUCAAGGACAUCGUAUCCCAAGAGGACAAAAGUCAUAAAUACGAAAAGUGUUUAGAAGAGAAAAUACCAUUGAGUAGAAUGUACAGGGAAAAGCCAGAGUGUAGGAUAUCAACGAUAUGUUCCCCAAGGGACUCCGUGUACCAGUCUGUGUUUGUAAUAGCAGAGGAGAGGAGUGAAUGUGUCAUAGCAACUGAGGUAUAAAUUACAGGCUGAUGUCUAUGAAGAGAGGAGAAAAAAACACAAUCAAAGCAGAAUCUUUUUCUGGAUUGUUUACAAAAAUACUUAGAGACUGGAGAUUUAUAUUGACGUCCACUGCUGCACUGAGAAACUUGAGAAACUGGAGAGAGCAGAGUCCUGCUCAUCGAAUGCAAUAGUUUAGUUUUAUGUUGAAGAAGUGUUUGUGUACAAACGUGUACAGUCCUGGAUGAUUUCUGAACUCUUCUGCUACGGUAUGUUUUUCCCCCGUGGGCUGAAAGGAAAAGGGACUUCUUUGAGGAAAAAAAAAAAAAGAUCCUUUUGCGGUAAUCAUGGACACGUCGUCCGCCAAGUAAUCAAUAGAAGGUGCCAGGGACUUCCAAACCUUCAACCAGCAUUGCCAGCUAUGCAAGACCGAGGAGGGGAGCACCAAUCAGAGAGCUUACCCAAACAAAUCAACGAUGAGCGCUAUGAAUGUCUGAGAAGAAAAAAAACUGCUAACAUCAAUCAUUUAAAAAGACUUUUUGCUCUCCUCUCUACAAUAAGAUUGUAAGCAGCUGAAAAUUCACAAAAAAGCCUUAAAAGAAUUAAGUAGAGUGCUAUGUUUGUGCCCAGGGUCUUCUUGGAUUGUUUUUGAGAAUUUAAUCAACAUGGAAAGAAAAAAAGAAGAAAAGAAAAAUAACUUGCAGAACCGUAAUACGCAGAACUGUGCCAGCAAGAUCCAAGAGGAAGUUAAGUUAACUUCUUUUAUGCAACACGGCCCAUGAGUACAAGACAAGAAAUGGACAGAAACAGAAAAACAAAGCGACUGCUCACCACUGACUGCCUAUAAUUAGUUUUGAGAAUACAGAACCAAUAAUGUAAUUUUUUUAAAAAGUGAUUAUUUCCAGAGUUAAUUUAAUAAUGACACACUGCUCUUUAUAUGUUUUAUACUAUUAUUUUGUAUAUAAUGCAUAUUUAUAAGAAACCAAACAUCUGAAGAAUAAAAAAAGUUAAUUCCUUCAAGCUAUUUUGUUUUCUUGAUAAUUUCACAUUUGUGUGUGUAUUAUAUAUAAACAACAAAUCUACAAUUUGCUUACCAAUGUGCAGUAUUUUUUUACAUCUCCAUGAACUAUUUUCUCUCAAUCCUGAAAAAAAAAAAAACUCACAACCCCCUCCUUCCCCUUCCCCAGUUGUAAAUUGGCUUGAAAUUUAAAUCCGUUGCCUCGGAUACAGGCCCCUUGAGCUGGAAAUUCUGAAACAAAGACAGGCGAAGAGCGCAAACGACAGAGGAGCGGCCCCUCCUCAGAAAACCGAAACAGAUGCCCCAGGGUGCAACCUUGCCCUGCCAUAAAAACAGCGGCAUAUGCCGCCCCUCUCACCAGGCUCAUCAUGGCGCUGCUCUGCAGAGCACCCGUAAAGAAAACACACAUGCUUAUCUACAGACGCAAACGAGUUCCAGCUCCGAGGGCCUCAGCCUCGCCUUCGGGGCCAAAGGAGACAUCUCGAUCCACAACAAAAGAAUUGACUGGAGCUGUGCACGUGGCCUUGGCGCCCACAGAUGGGUUUCAGCGGCAUUAUGCACUCCAAACAUUUUAUUUAAAAAAAGAAUUCAAUAAAUCAAAGACCCUAUCGGCCUGCCAGAGCAGAACAGCCAGUACUGAAUCACCUAAAGGGUGCAAAGGUCAGCUAAGGCUUGAUCGGCAAUUUAAGUAGUUGAUAUGCAUCAUAAAAAAUAAGGCAAUUUGGACUUUUAUUUGAUGUUCAGCUCUGAGAUUCAUCCUUCCCAUCACCCUGGCCAAAGUCAAUAUUAUGAGACCCCAUGCAAGGCAGCAGAGGGCCAUGCAGGAGAUGCGUUUUUGAGUUUAACUAAGUACUAAACCAGAAAUGGUUUUCCAGGUCAAGCUCGGGUUUCUUUCCAUUCCAAAGAGCAACAUAAUCAACAACCGACAACAAAUCUGUGCCACGCAAACACACACAUCCUGUUCAUCCGUGUCAUCUAAGCAUCCUUGUCUUUGCGUCUGUGCUUGGGUCAAAAGGACGCUUAAGAAGAAUAAACACAUUUCGAAAAGGUUUGGAGAGAAUUUCCGUCAGCAGCCGGAGCGUUAAACACUUGUUAUCGCAGCAAUUAGUUAUACGCUAAAGCUUUCGCAAUGCAACCUGUUACCCGAACCCCUCCCGCCGCAACUGCAAGUGUGUAUGUGUGUGUGUGCGCUCUGCUCUCUGGCCUCUGGGUCUAAAUCGCAUGGCCAGGCAUUCUCAUUGUGUUAUAAUCACUGCAUCCUGUUUGUGACCCCGUGACAUCAUUUCCUGCUUCCUGUCUGAUUAAAAAAUGCAGAACAUGCCGGCACUGGCCAAACGCUUUUCUCACGCAUCUCUUUCUUUCUUCGUUCUCUGUAUUUGUACGGAUCCCGAAAAGUUUCAGGAAACGAGCUCAUAACAAACAAAAGGGGAGGGGGGCAUCAAAUCAAGACUAUUGAUUUCAUUUCAAGAGUAUUUUGAAAUCUGGGCUGUGGAAUGUGAAAACAUCCUUGAUAGGAGGAUGCUAAACAUUCAUUAGAUUCUGACACGGUCGGCCGUGUGCAGUCAAAAGAGUAAAAUGGGUAAACAACACAAAUGAACUUUUUCUGAACCUGAAAUUGCACAUUAAUCCCAUCCUAAAACAGCGUUCAAAUGCAAUACUAAAAUGUACGAUUUAAAGCACAUGAUGUCCAAAACACAGCUAUCAUGAGCCAGAAAUCCAGCAAACCCAGAGGCCCUCCAUCUGAAAUUUCCCUUCACUAACACUAGAUGUCACUAAAAUGCCCAUGAGGUUAGUACAGCAACACAAGCUGCAAGUUUCAUUAUUUAACAACAACAACAACAACAACAUUCUGUUGUCCGUUGCUUUUCAC